AUGGAUCCACGAAAUGCUAGACCACCAAACCCAACGACCGACCAGAAUGCAUUCAAAGGAAAGAAGCCGAACAAAGUCAUCUAUGUCCCUCCCGAGUUCCGCCGCCCCACUUAUGCCAGAGAACGAGAGCAGAUCGUCAGCGACGUCAAAGUCAGCACGGGAUGUGCUGUAAUUCCACAUUGGAAUAAAAAAUGGGAGCAAGACCACAGCAUUAUCUAUCAAUUUGAUAUCUUCGGGACCGGCACAGCCCUGGAGAAAGCUGUUCGUCACAUCAACCAGUGGAUAUCGAAAGCGCAGAACAAGACAAAAGACUCGUCAGCAUGGGCAAAGACGCCGGCGUUCGACCCGAACAAGUGGUAUUACGAGCAAGUUGAUGAUAUAAAGCAGAGACAUAAGCAAAGAUUCAAGGAGGCGCCAUCUGAAGAUAUGAUUGUACACUGGCCUGCCGAACUCAACGACCGCGAUAUCUCACCUCGAGAUGCCUUUGGCAACAAGCUAGAGGUAUUGGACGCCCUCAGAACGCGCAACGAAGUAUUCAUCACUCUCUUGGGCAACAGGAGCGGCGACUGGCAAAUGAAAAUCCAGUCUCAUGAGAUUGCAAAUCUAGAAGUGGCUGUAGAGGAGGUGAAGAACAUGAUUGAGAGAAUCAAAACUGAAGAAAUGGGGCCCUGCUCAACCAACAUGAUUCUGGAUGAUCAAGAGGGCAUGGAAGUCGUUUUCAGACAAGCUGAUCCAUGGUGGCCGCAAAUCGAGAACCGAACUUCACCCCGCUUUCUUCCAAGCGACAUGAUGGAACCUCCUGGUAGUUUUCGCGGACAGACACUGCAUUUAUCGGAGCUGCCAACGAUUCAGCGUUCGUUUCAGUUGGCUCUCGAAGCUGUGAGAUCAAGAAAAGGCGCUUAUGACUUGGUCAUUCGUCUGGGCUGUCUAUCAGUUCGCUCAGACGAGAUCAAGAACAGCGAGGUUGAGGUCAAAUACAGUAAGGGGACAUUUUUGAGAUUAAUCAACGGUCGCCUUCCACUAAAUGUUGAGAGAUGGGUGGUCGACGAUAUAUCCGGCCAACAGAUGCUGACAUCUCUCUGCUCAUCUGACGAACUCCUCGAACCCAUCAAAUCCUCUAGCUACUCUGGCUAUAGACCCGACACGCUCGAGAAAACUAGACCAAUGUUCCGAGGAAUGUGGAUAUUCCAGGAUCCAAACACUUCCUCCGCUGGCCUGCCGCGUGAACGCAUCCGCCAUUCUGGGAGACCAACGACUUCCGGCCAAAAGCCUGUGACUGUGCCAGAAAAGUAUAUCCUGGCCCAAGUUGACUGGACUGAUGAUAACGAAGGUUUGUAUGAGAAGGACACGCCGCGAUUCUACGAGCUGGAGCCCGGCGCCGCAGGUCUCAAGCAGCACAUGGAUAUCAAACUAUUGGAACUAGGAGAAGGUCGUGGGUGGCAAUUUACACUGGAGUCCCUAAAACCUGUGUCUGCAAAGAGCAUAUCGCCCCUCCUUACCCGGUUUAUGGAGGGUGUAAGGAUGAAACGUGGUUACAAUCCCCAGUCUGCUGACCUCUUUGCUGAAUGGGAGACAUCACCGGCUGUCGAGGAUUGCCUAGUGACUGAACGUCUGAUUGUCAUGCACUCUUUCGGAAUCAAGGAGACAUCCUACAAGGUCGAGAUCGCACGCAUCUGGCACACGGGUCAGCAGCCAGUGUGGAGUCUUGCUGUUCGUCAUGCCGAGUGGGCAAACCGUCUUUCGGAGCUGGAGCAUCUUCCUACCGGUCGCAAGGCCAACUGGGGUAAUACUCUUACCAGUUUUCUACCAAAAGACGGACAGUCUUCAUAUAACACUGCCGACGAGGACUUAGGCUUGAGUAACCUCGAUCUUGAUCCUGAUGUUGAAGCGCCUCCUCAGGAUGGUAUCCGCAUUCUGAUAGACAAGCUGCUCCAGGUCUCGGCCGUUGUCAGUUCGGUCAAGCAAAAUGAGGGAGGUGUUGCUAUAUAA